GACCGCGAUGCUCUUGUGCAGAUUGAGAAGAUGCGAAACUCACCCGAGGUGCAGCAUGCCCAGCGGAUGCAGGAGGAGGAGGAGAAAAAGAAAAAGGAUAGUGAGAAGUGGAAGAAACAGACCGAAUACUUGGAACGCAUUCAACAGGGGUCGAAAAGGCAAAAGGGGAAUAACAGCGGCGGACGCAAUGUGUGGCUGGAAAGAGGCAGUGCCGCUCUUAUUAACCAGGCACACGGGAAACAGUCAGAGACACAAGAAAAAGAACAACCGCAGCAACAGCAGGGGUCCCAAGAGACUUUAUGGGGAAAAAAUAAUAAACAUGCCAGUCAAAACAGCGGCAAUGGGCGUUCUUUGUCUGCCGAUGCCACCAGUACUCGUCCUACUGCUUGGGGUGCAGCGCAGGAACGGCAGCAGCCUCGCCUAUCAUUGCUUCCCAUAGGAGCUGCGGGGUAUUACCCGAACCCAGAGGAUUUUCCGGCGUUGCCCACGAGGAACCCCUCUCGAGCACUGGGACUGCCACAAGCGAAACGAACCUCGCGACCGAAUGCGUGGUACCGCAAAUGA